CGAAGAAGAGAAAAUUGUCCCUUGACCCACACCAUACCGGAACAUGUAGCGUCGUGUUCAAAGAAGCCUUCAAGGUGCUAACAUUUUAUCAUAAAUUACCCUUCAAAAGGGGGAUUUAUCUCGCCUCCAUCAACACGUUUUUUCUUACAAAGUUACAGGUUUAAAACUAUUCUGGUUUUCUCCGCGGGGGGAGUGUUUCUUUGUGAACAUGGUGAACGUUCACAAAGGUGUCCUAGUUGAAUGUGAUCCCGCUAUGAAACAGUUCCUCCUCUACCUGGAUGAGACCAUGGCUUUGGGAAGGAAGUUCAUCCUGAAGGAUCUCGAUGACACCCACCUGUUCAUCCUGGCUGAGGUGGUUCAAACGCUGCAGGACAGAGUUGGAGAGUUGAUGGACCAGAAUUCAUUUCCCAUCACGCAGAAAUAACCUUUGACCUCCUCUAAGGAUGAUCCUUUAUUAAUUUUAGGACUUUUUUGAGCGGUGGAGUUGUUUUGUCAAGCUUUAAAUAAAAUGGUUUACUAAAUAUUUUGUGAUAAAACUA